GAAAUGAAAGCUGGAGUGCGCUGGAAGACACUGUCGGGGAGGUGUUCGCUGGGAAUUUCACGAGUUUUCCAGGUUCAUUGUGCGCUAUGUGACCAGGCCAGCCAUGUGACGCGGGCCAGUGCAGGAGAAAGUUUCGGUGGGCGUGGGAAAGGAUGGGCGUGUGGGCAGAGUGGUGGUGGUGGUGUGCCAGGCCAGGCCGUCUGCCCCGCGCCGCCCCCCUCUCCAUCCUGCUCACCACCGUCCUCACCCUCAUCUCCCUCCUCUUCUUCCUCAAUGCUAGAGCACUGAACCGUCACCCGUCACCACGUCACCUUCUGGACCUGGAGGAUCACGACAUGGAGGGCGCCCCGCAGCACCACCCUGACCUGGUGAGCUACAUCAAGCAGCUACACCUCCUCCCGCCAGCCUCGGGGCCCUACCACCUGCAGAAGCCAAACACCUCAGACUUUUCGCAGAACGGCCAGAGUAAACGAGUGGCGAGUAUUUUAGGUGACAAGCGCGGUGGUGUGUUCCUGGAGGCGGGGGCGUAUGAUGGAGAGGAGCUAAGCAACACUUUGUACCUGGAGCGAGAGUUAGGAUGGCGGGGUCUGCUGGUGGAGCCUGACCCUUGGAACUUUUGGGCCCUGAGGAAGAGAGGGAGGAAAGCACACGCCAUCCAAGCUUGUCUUUCCACGACUCCCUUUCCGAGAGAGGUGACCUUCAAACAAAGUGACACCAUGGGCAGGAUAGCCAGUGCGGGUGAGGAGGCCAGUAAACGCGGCAUCUACACCAGAGUUAAGUGCUUCCCCCUCUACACCCUCCUGCUGGCCCUCAACACCACCCACCUCAACUUCCUCUCGCUGGAUGUAGAGGGCGCUGAGCUGCAGGUGCUACAAACGGUGCCGUGGGAGAAGGUUCAGGUGGACGUGCUGUGUGUGGAGCAUCGACACGUGCCUGAAGGAAGCCACGCCCUACAGACUUACCUGGAGGAGCGAGGAUACCACCUGCACUCCACGCUGGGGGACGAUUAUAUCUUCGUCAGGAGAGACUUGCCCAACGUGCCCGAACAAGGGUUGUGACACCGAGAGAGAGAGAGAGAGAGAGAGAGAGAGAGAGAGAGAGAGAGAUUGUUAUGCGUCAUGAGAGGAUUUUAUUUUAUUUUAUACAUAUCGAUUCUUUUAUUCUGUGUUUAUUUCUCUGUGAAUUUUUACAUGUUUUAAAAAGUUUACUACCUGCGUCAUUCUCACUUUUAUACACAUUUGUAAGGAAUUAAGGAAUAAAGUUAUCAUGAGGUCUACUGUCAUGGAUGAU